AUGGAUUCCUCCACCAGUGUCAACAACAGUUCCAGCCUCCACAUGUCCCAGUUCCUCCUGAUGGGGCUCCCGGGCAUUCACGAGUGGCAGCACUGGCUCUCCCUGCCCCUGGCCCUGCUCUACCUCUCAGCUCUUGGUGCCAAUCUCCUCAUCAUGAUCACCAUCCAACAUGAGGCCACACUGCAUGUGCCUAUGUACCAUUUUCUGGGCAUAUUGGCAGUUGUGGACAUUGGCCUGGCCACCACCAUCAUGCCCAAGAUUCUGGCCAUCUUCUGGCUCGAUGCCAAGGCCAUCAGCCUCCCUGAGUGUUUUGUUCAAAUCUAUGUCAUCCACUUCUUUAUUUGCAUGGAGUCUGGUAUCUUCCUCUGCAUGGCAGUGGACAGAUACAUAGCCAUCUGUCACGCACUUCAGUACCCCUCCAUAGUCACUGAAGCUUUCGUGGUCAAGGCCACAGGAUUCAUGGUGCUCAGGAACGGCCUGCUUACUAUCCCAGUGCCUGUACUUGCUGCCCAGCGACACUACUGCUCCAGGAACGAGAUUGACCACUGCCUGUGCUCUAACUUGGGGGUUAUCAGCCUGGCCUGUGAUGACAUCACUGUGAACAAAUUUUACCAACUGAUCUUAGCAUGGAUCCUGACUGGGAGUGAUAUGGCUCUGGUUUUUUCCUCCUAUGCACUAAUCCUUCACUCUGUGCUAAAGCUGAACUCACCAGAAGCAAUCUCAAAGGCCCUGAGCACCUGUAGCUCCCACCUCAUCCUCACCCUCUUCUUCUACACAGGUAUCAUCGUGCUGUCUGUUACACACCUUGCAGGGAAAAAGAUUCCCCUAAUCCCUGUGCUCCUCAAUGUGCUGCACAAUGUCAUCCCCCCUGCCCUCAACCCCAUGGUCUAUGCGCUCAGGAUGCACGAGCUCAGACUGGGCUUCCAGAGACUGCUUGGGCUCGGUGGAGAUGUGCCCACCAAGUAA